AUAUCUUUCCACCUCCCUCCACCCACACCCACUUUCUACUAGUCAUGAACAAUGACAUCCCCCCUACACUUCAUCGUCGACGAGUCACUCUGGAACUCACUGAACGUCUUUGCUCUCAAAAACAUGUUCAAGAUGGUAUUAAUGACCUCCUGAAGUUCAGCCACUUGCGAGAUUCAGAAUUUCAGUGCUACGGUCGAAAAAUUAUCGCCCUGACUGAGGUCGCACGCAGCACUCUUACACGUAUGGGAGUGAAAUUGUACCUGUUCAUUACUUGUUCACAGACAUUGCUGCCGUUGAAAUCAGCGUACUUCAAAAUGCUGAUUUUAAUCAGACACCACAAACAUGCCUUUCCUUUGGAACUGGACGAUAGAAUAAACCGGCUCUUGCUUCCGUUAUACACUCAUCUCGCCAUACGUUACGGGGGAGUUGACACUGCCCGUACCCAACUGGGCAUCAAGGAAUUACUUGUCGCUCCGAACGCACCAGCCGCAGGAAAAAUGACCUGCCCGCCUGCUGCUACUAUUUUAUCAGUACCAAAGCCAAACACGGCGGAGGCUAUGCCACCACCAGAUUCUUUCGUGAAAAAAAGAGCGAGAAUCAACCGGCUUGGGGAAUUUAUAAAGCAGCAAUCUACGAGGGAGUCACACGCACGAAAACACCUAGUGCCUAAGCAAUACCCAGCAGGUGACCCAGGCGACAACGAAGAACCUUCUUGCCCUCGAAGGGUAUUCACUCGAACAAAUGCCCAAUAUUUUGGCAUUUUUUGCACUGGGAAGCAACCAGUUGCUUCUGCCAGGACUGUUUGCAUUGACUAAUAUAUCCUGCACUUGCAUCAUCAUCCGCCUUUCUGAUACUUGUCAUCCCAUGAAUAUGGAUCCCAACUACCUGUAUUACAUCUAACAUUGACACAUUUUGCUACUGGCUAUCCCUCGAGGUUUUAUAUUUGUGAUAAUACAUACACUGCUGUAUCAUCAUUUUAGUCGAUAAACAAUCC